AUGGAGAACUUAGAUCCGAAAAAUCUAAAAAAACUGAACAUGGAACAGGUAAAUGAUGUUCCUAUCUUAGCUGAUCUUAAAUGUUCCAGCAUUUUCGGUUUUAAUCUCAUUUUUCCAUACGUAAUUGCUUUAAUUUUAUUAUUUAGCGGUAUAUUCAUUGCAAAGCCAAUAUAUUAUUCCAAUUUUGUUGAAAAAGUUUCUAUUGUUGAUGAAAAAUAUACAUCUGAAGUUACAAUUUCAAAAAUAAAUCAACUUGAUCGCUUUAUUAACGUUCAUGCUUCAUUUAAUAAUGUCAGUUCAUCUCAAUUUUUAUUCAGUGGUGAUUAUCAUGCAAUUACAACUCUAAAAGAAGAUACAAUUUUCAAACUUGAAGAAAAAACAAACAACACAAUGAUUAAUGUCAAUAAUCAAGUUACAGAUAAGAUCCAUUUAUACUCAGACUACGCCCUUUUCUACGAUACCCUUCAACUUUCCUUAAAUCUUCAAUCAAAUGUCGCAUUACCCAAUGCCAUCAAUAUCUAUGUCCGAAAAGGCAACCCCAACUAUUCCUUCAUGAUCAAUAUCAUCAAAGUUGUCCUUUCUUUCAUUGUUGCCGUUUACAUUGUGUUAGGAGCGAAAAAAGUUGCUUCUAGACAACUAAUGCUUGAACAGAACCUUUCUUUUAUGGUUCUUUCAGCUCUUAUUAUCUUUAUCGAUCCAUUUAUUACGUUGCAUCUCUUUUAUCCGUUGAGAUUUAAUCAAAUAAGACAUUUAAUCUCUCGGGACAUAUUUGUUUCGUAUUUUAUCUUUUUCAUUUGUUAUAUUUAUUCAUUGAUAGGUGUGGAACCAUCCCAGGAUAAGACAAUUCCACUUUUGUUACCUUAUAUGAUCGGAAUUACUUAUUUCGUGUCUGUUCUUGCAACGGAUACAAGUUUUGGAGGCUAUAGAAUGCUUGGAAGCCAAUUUGACCCUCUUACAGACCAAUUGUUCCUUAAUGCAACGAUAUUUUUCUGUUAUUCUGCGUUUUUCGUGUAUUACUUGUUUAUUUCGAUCAAAAAGAUCUUCACAACAUCGAGUAUAGACAAGAAUCGUGCGAUUAACUACUUUAUUGCGAGUUUUCCAACAGUUAUUGUUAUGGAAAUUUAUUAUUCGGUUUUAGUUUUCACUAAUAUACUAAAGAACACCGCUUAUUAUGAAUUGAUACCUUUGGCGUUCUAUACUUGCUCUGUUUUGGUGUUUUGGGGGUUGAUGUCGCAAAUUCACGAAGGAGAUCGAUAUUUGUACCAAAAUGCUGAUAGGGAUAACUUGAAGGAGGAAGAUAAUGAGAAUCCGAUUGGAAUUGAUACAGAAAACAUCCCAGAAUUACCUGAUAAUUUUGAUGUCGAAGAAGAGAAAAAAGAAGAAAAUCUCGUCAAGAAUGAAUAG